AUGGCAACACAGACAACAACCCUCACUAAUGAGGAGCUGUUAGAAGAACUCCUCCAGUGUACACACUUCCAAGGGCAAGCCACCAUAGCUGAACUACAUCAAGCGCUGCAAUAUGUUCAUAAUCCACCAGCACCAGCACCAGUAUGGACUGCAGCCACCCACAUCGGAGGUCAAGGACUUCCAGGAGGAAUUCCCGGACAACCUGGAGGUGAAGGCGGAGAUGGACCACCUGGAGAUGGAGGAGGACCAAUCCCAGUGGCUUUAGGACCAAACCCCAUUGAUCCUCAGCUGCUAGCAGCAUUCAAUGCUGCCUUGUGCAACGCCCUUCCUCAGGAAGAAAUAGGCAAACCAGCCAAAUUUUCCGGAGAUAUCAAGAAAGCCCGAGACUUCAUCCAUCAAUGCGAGAUGUAUUUCCUCUCAAAGGCCUCGCGAUUCCCAAACAACCAGGCAAAGAUUCGCUUUGCAGACUCACUCAUGAAAGACUCAGGGAAGAAACAACCCCGGAAAUGGGCAACAUGGCCCACCUGGGCCACACAUCGCCAAGACUUCUUGGAAGCCUACAAAACAAUAGACCCAAAAUCCAAAGCCAUGGUCAAACUCCAUCAGAUUGUACAGAAGGACCAUGAAACAGUCAACGAGUACAAUGUGCAUUUUAACACGUUAAUAGCAGAAGCAGAGAUAGUCAACCCAGACGCCAAUGGUAACCUCCUCCAUCAAUACCUUUGUGGAUUAAAGGAAUCUCUUGCGCGCCAACUGAUCGCCCAUAUGCCAAUCAACGCCACACUCUCCCAGCAGACGCACCCUCCCACCAAUCCCGGAGCCAUGACAAACACCCCGGCAUCCUCCACUCGUGAUCCCAAUGCUAUGGAUGUCGACGCCCUUAAUACCGGACAAAGCAGAAUUAAGUGCUAUAAUUGCGGAAAAUUCGGGCAUAUUGCCAGAGAAUGCAGACAACUGUGA